UGUGUGCGCGUGGUUGUGUGUGUGAGAGAAGCCGGCGCGUAAGGAGGACACUUGGGCGGAGAGGGACGCCGAGCGUAGAGGCUGACAGUUCAUCGCAAUCUGAAGCUUUGCGCUACAUGGUCGAACUCCUUACAACUCACUCCGGCGUAUAGGUUUGCGAAAACUUGAGAAUGGCUGACCCGGCGCAAUCCAACAGCGAUGGAGAGGAGGGAAGCGCGCCCAUGAGGGGUUUCGCCCGGCAAGGUGCCCUGAGACAGAAAAACGUUCACGAAGUGAAGAAUCAUAAGUUUAUCGCCCGCUUCUUCAAGCAACCUACUUUCUGUAGCCACUGCACGGACUUUAUCUGGGGAUUUGGGAAACAAGGAUUUCAGUGUCAAGUCUGUUGCUUUGUGGUGCACAAGCGCUGCCAUGAGUUUGUCACCUUCUCCUGCCCCGGAGCAGAUAAGGGUCCCGCAUCAGACGAUCCACGAAGUAAGCACAAGUUCAAAGUCCACACGUACUCCAGCCCCACCUUCUGUGACCACUGCGGCUCUCUGCUGUACGGACUCAUCCACCAGGGCAUGAGAUGUGACCACUGCAUGAUGAACAUCCAUAAGCGCUGCGUGGCCAACGUGCCGAGUCUGUGUGGGACUGACCACACAGAGAGGAGGGGCCGCAUCCAAAUCACUGCAGAGAUCAAGAACAACGUGCUCACCGUCAGCAUUAAAGAGGCAAAGAACCUGGUGCCCAUGGACCCCAAUGGCCUGUCUGACCCCUAUGUAAAACUAAAACUCAUCCCUGACCCCAAGAGUGAGAGCAAACAGAAGACCAAGACCAUCAAAUGCUGUCUGAAUCCCACGUGGAACGAGACCUUCACAUUUAAUCUGAAGGAGUCUGACAAAGACCGCAGGCUGUCUGUGGAGAUCUGGGACUGGGAUUUGACCAGCCGGAAUGACUUCAUGGGCUCUCUGUCUUUUGGCAUCUCAGAGCUUCAGAAGCUAGGAGUGGAUGGAUGGUUUAAGCUGCUCAGUCAGGAGGAGGGCGAGUACUUUAACGUUCCUGUCCCACCUGAGGGAGAAGAAGGCAAUGAGGAACUCCGGCAGAAGUUUGAGAGAGCUAAAAUUGGUCCCAGCAAAACAGACAGCUCAUCUUCCAACAUCUCCAAAUUCGACAGCAAUGGCAACAGAGAUCGCAUGAAACUGUCUGACUUCAAUUUUCUCAUGGUACUGGGCAAGGGUAGCUUUGGAAAGGUGAUGUUAGCCGAGAGGAAAGGAGCAGAUGAGCUAUUUGCCAUUAAAAUCCUCAAGAAAGAUGUUGUGAUCCAGGAUGAUGAUGUUGAAUGCACUAUGGUGGAGAAGAGAGUAUUGGCCCUGUCAGGGAAACCACCCUUCCUUACUGCACUGCACUCCUGCUUUCAGACCAUGGACCGCUUGUACUUUGUCAUGGAAUACAUCAAUGGCGGAGAUCUCAUGUACCAUAUCCAGCAGGUCGGCAAGUUUAAGGAACCCCAAGCUGUGUUCUACGCCGCAGAGAUCGCUAUAGGCCUGUUCUUCCUGCAUUUGAAGGGUAUUAUAUACAGAGAUCUAAAGCUGGAUAAUGUCAUGUUGGACGCAGAGGGUCACAUCAAAAUCGCUGACUUUGGCAUGUGUAAGGAGAACAUGCAAGACGGAGUUACCACCAAGACCUUCUGCGGGACCCCUGACUACAUCGCCCCUGAGAUUAUAGCUUACCAGCCGUAUGGAAAGUCUGUGGACUGGUGGGCCUUUGGAGUUUUACUCUACGAGAUGCUGGCUGGACAGCCUCCGUUUGAUGGAGAAGAUGAGGAUGAGUUGUUUCAGUCCAUCAUGGAGCACCAUGUGUCGUAUCCCAAAUCCAUGUCCAAGGAGGCUGUGGCCAUCUGCAAAGGGCUGAUGACCAAGCACCCGGGCAAGCGUCUGGGCUGCGGUCCUGAGGGGGAGCGAGACAUCAAGGAGCAUGGCUUCUUUCGUUACAUAGACUGGGAGAAACUGGAGAGCAAGGAAGUUCAGCCACCAUUCAAACCAAAAGCCUGUGGACGGGAUGCAGAGAACUUUGACCGCUUUUUCACCCGCCAUCCUCCGGUUCUCACCCCUCCAGACCAGGAGGUCAUCAUGAACCUCGACCAAGACGAGUUCGGGGGCUUUUCCUUCAUAAACCUCGAAUACCCUGUCAUAGAAGCCCAGAGUUAAGGGCAACCCCCUCCACCCCCAAAACUAACCAAACCCUCCAUCAACCCCCACUCAUCAUAUAUGUUUAUGUGCAAUAUACGCCAUGAAACUGGUAUGUAUAUGUAUAUAAACAAUCAGCCACGCUCCGAAACUAACCCAUCAUUCCACGUGCAUGCCAUUUUAUUAAGAUUAGUCUCGCUGCGGCUUUCAUAACCUUCUAUUGAAUGUAUCCACACUGGAGAAGCGUUUUGAAUCUAGAGGCCUUUUUGCACUUUGGCCGUCUUUAUACUAGUUUUAUGCUACUUCUUUCCUGAAUGUGCCGUGUAGUGCAUAGAUCUCUUGUAAAUUGCCCUUUAGAUUGCAUCUGUUCAAUCACCAUGGGUGUUCAGAUAUAGCCAUUUGCACUAAGGUGCAUGACUCUUGAGAUGCAUAAUGGCUAGCCUUCGCUCCUCAAACCAGCCUUUGUGAUAGUGAUAUUGUGCUGAUUUUAUAGUUGUUUUUGCCUCCGGCUAUUAUUGCCUGUUUCCAGAUAUCACAAGAAUGCAAACUGUUUUUGCAUGAGGGUUAUGUUUGCCCGCCAUUUUAUUUUGUUAACUCUAUAGUAAACCCUAAUCCACUUUUUGGUCGCUAUUUCUUAACCCCGGUCAAUGACUUGCAUUGUACAGGCAGGUUAUUAACAAAACAAAUGACCAAAGUUUUUUUUAAGCAUGAGUCCAUUUUAUAGUAUGCCCGGCUGUUUGCGUGUAUGUUUGGAUGUAGGUAAACCGAGCUUGUGCCUGAAUGUUUUAGCGAUCUGCUUCUCUUGCCUGAUCAUCUCUCACCAUCAGCGAAAACUCCCUCCAGGGUCUCCAGUAGGUCCUACAUAAAGGAAGCGAGUCUCCUGCAACGGAUUCCCGUCGGCUCUCCGGGUUUUGUCUUCUGAUUUAGGCACUGCUUAAAGUUCAGCCAGAUUAUCGAGAGGCAUGUUAUUCAUCAUCUACCUCUUCCUACAGACGUGAGAGAUACGUAUGACAACAAGUGCUAAUAUCAGACGUGACUUAACCUACAGCCAAUAGCAUUUACACUCAUUUGCACUAAGACUGACCCAUACGUUGGAUAUGAAUUACCGUUUCCAAUCCCAAUGCUAUGAUCCAGCCAAUAUUAUUUUAUCAAUCUACUCUGCUGAUACGUAUGAAUUCUGCAGCCGUCUUUUAGCACCAUUGUGGUUUACAAUGAGCGGUCACCCAUGGGUAAUAUCUUAAAAUUAUGCCUCGGUUCAUAGAGAUUGUGCAUGAGCAAAUUAGUCUAGUAGGGAUUUAUCAUGCUGUAUAGCUUCGACUUGAAUUUUGUCAAUAGAGAUCUGCGAUGAACCUCAUGAGGUAUCAAAACUGUCUUGUUGUUAUGUGAAGUGUAUAACAGCAUCCAUAGAACACAGUAUUAUAUGCAACAAUAUGCACCAUAUGGAUUUUUUUUAGCGCACGAUUACAAGGCAUAACUUCAUAUUGAGAGUAAAACAUUUCAAGCAUGUAAACAUUGCUCAUCAGGGACAAUGGGAGUUCGUUGAAGCUGGCAGUUGUUGUGUUAACGGGUUUAAAAGGGCUGGUUGGGUACCCUGAUUUAAUGCACACGGUUCUGCCAGCGAGCGGCACGGGUUUUGUUGAGGGGUCUGAUGCAACUGUGCUGUAGAUCCAGAAGCACAAGCGCUGUUUAUGUCAGUAAUAACAGCAGAAACCUUAUCACUGGAACUGGAAUAGGGCCACACAUCCAUAGAAAUGGGUCAGAUCCUCUCCGACAUCAGAGUUCCUGGAGCGGUUAUCCGUGCUGACUUUUAUUGGAAUCCACUGGGGCUUCAUAGCAUAUCUUCAUCGUUGGAUUUCAGGGAACGGAUAACCUCUAUAAUAGUUUCUAACCCACGUUAGUCAUAAAUUAGUGAAUAUGAUACUCAAAACUAUUAAAUGUACGUCAUAUUUAAGACACUUGUCAUUUCUGCCAAAAUAUCGUGUAAAAGCAGUUCCGUGUAGGGCUUUGAUAUUUUUUUAUUUGUCUAAAUAUAAGCAAACACAUGUAUAAAAUGUGUCAAAUGUUCUUAAAGUUUGUGAAUUGUAUGUGGUCAGUAUUUUAAAUUAGACGACGGUAAGAGUGGACGUUUAUGGAAGAUUUCUGUGUUUUCUAUAAUGUGCAAGACUAAUGCAUGAAUAACUGUGAACUGUGAUUCCAUAGGUUAGCAUUAUUAUAACAUAUUAGUCUAGUGUUACAGCGAUCGCUCUUAAUAUCUGUGUGUGCUUUAAAUCAUACUUCUUCAGUGCUUUUCUUGUGCCAAAGUAUUUUCCAAAAAAAACAGUAUACAUUGCAAUAAAACUAAAACAUCAAUAGCCUUUGUUUUGGUGUCGCUUUGUUUUCCUCAAUGCAAUUUGAGUGUACACGACCUUGAAAUUACAAAAUUUGAUUUGAUCACAUAAAGCAUCAUUUGUAUGUUUCUGAAGUGCUUCACAGAAAAAGCCUUGUAAAUUUUGCUCGGAGCAUUGCUGUAUGAAAUCUUGGACGGUGUGCUGCACGUGCCCACGCUAAGCUCUGCAUAUUUCAUGCCUGCCACUUAACAUGAGAACAUUUCAUCUUGUUCCACUAUCAUUCAGCGGAUGACAUGUGAGAAGAACAUACACGAGAAUUCAUGGGUGGGUGAAAACUUAGUCUGACAUAUUGCUUUACUCCCCUUAUUAAACAUUCGGCUUGCAUUAAAUGUCGGUCGAAUGCCAUUUUAAAAAGGAAUUGGAAAACAACUACAGUUUUGUUAAGCAGUAAAUGAUUGGAUUAGACAGAUUAAUCUUUUAUCUUUAUACUGUAUGUUAAAGGCCAGGGACAAUAUUAAACGCGCACCGCUGUUAUUGUCUGGGAUUGAAUAUUUGUUCUGUCCCAGCGAUGCUCUGAACUUUGUGUUAAUCUGUGUUCCACGCAGAGUACAGUUGAGUCUGUUGCUCCACACAAAUGUUAAUUAAUUCUGAAUGUCGCAGCCUCAAAUUAAACGAGUGGGUUAGCAGCGAGUGUGUGCGGCUUAUCAGCCGAAAACAGGUCAGCGUUUGAUACCGCUGUUCUCUUCUCGCGCUGACAUCAGCUCGCCGCUAAUCCGCUCCUUUAUGGAAAGCUCUGUGCCUUAGUAUCGCACAAAAUUACAGAAUCUCGAUUGGAAUUAAAGAUUGGCAAAACGAACACCUUGGAUUAACAGAGGGUGUCUCAUCUUUUUAUUAUUGUUCCCCUUCGGAGGGAGCGUCUCCAACCCUAUCUGUGAGGAACCCCAGGCCAAACUGUAUAUUCAGAUCCGCUUUGGUGAAGCAUCUUUAAAAGUCGUCAGGGUAGAUUUCUCUUGUUGUGCUGUCGUGCGUCUCGUAUCCACCAACAUCUUAUACUUCCAUGUCCAUACCCUGUGUUAAUGAUGCUCUGUGUUUUCCUGCUAAUCUCAUUUUGUCAAACAGACCUGUAUCUAAUCGACACAGAAUGGCACUGGCCAGGCAUCAGCAUGGCAAGCUAGCAUGGAUGUUCCUGUCAACUGAGACUAUUUUGGACCAUCAUUCAUCUCUAAUUAGUGUCAUUUAUCCUUCAGUGACGGUUUAGGGUGACACAUUUUGUUGGAUGCUUUAAUGCUUGAAUGAUUUAAUGCAGCAUUUUUCAGUUCUUACAGUACCUGGUAACCAGCACCGCAACAUAUUUGCCAACUUGGGUAACUAAAUGUGGACGUAUGAGUAAACAGGAUUUGAAUAUCGGAGUGUAGCACUUUUUUAUAGAUCUUAUUCAGGAGAGUCCAAAGGUCUGAGAUUACUCAUGAAAUGCUUUGAUGCUGCUGCAUCUUUAUUAAUAAAUAUAUAACUUUAAUUUGAAUAAAAUCAUAAAUCUAUGUUUAUUUACAGAUUUUAAACCCCAAAUUUUCAAUGUGGUCUCAUACAUGUGGACCCGACUGUCUUAUAUAUCCUUUCACCCUCAUGUUGUUUAAAACCUGUAUUACUUUAUUUCUUCCGCAGAACACAAAAGAAGAUAUUUUGAGAAAUGUCUAUUGUGUCUAUACAAUAGAAGUCAAUGGGUGCCCGUGUAUUCUUCAAAAUAUCUUCUUUAGUGUUUUGCAGAAGAAAGUCAUACAGGUUUGAAACAACAUGAAAAUGUAAAUGACGAAAGAAUUUUCAUUAUGUGAUGGACUAUCCCUUUAACUUGAAACUCCAUCUGGUCUUAUUUAAUAUCUUGUUUGCUAUAAUAGUGAACUGUACACACAUCUUCAUAAUUCUCUGUAUAAUAAUUAAAUCUGAUGACUAGAAUUAAAACUAAUUGAAACCCACAUUGAGCCACAAUCCUGAGGUUUCCAUGCCAGUGGCCAGUGCCAUUUUCCUCCGAGCUGUCUGGCUCCUGAGAGUCCAGGUAAUCUCGUGGCCAUCGCUCUGGAGUUUGUGUGCUUCGCUGUACUGUGGUGUGUUUGAUCCAGCAAAUGGACACAAGGUAGGAAACGUGCUUCUGUUGUAGUAUCAUAUAUCUUCUUCCUGUCCUCCCUGUUCUUCUUGUCUGGAGCUGUUUUUCCAUGUGCACAGUGCCAGGAGAUCUCAAACGCUCCCCUGGACCCUCUCUCUCCAUCUCUCUCUCUCUUCCAGUACUGCUCUGGUUUGAUGUGAUCUGCAUAUCAAUAUUUGGAGUCAUAUGUCUUCUCUGCAUCUGCGCUCCUCGUUGUUUGUUAAUCUUUCUUGCUGUGCUUUGAUGGCACUCUCAUUUUUCUUUCUGUCUUCCUCACCUGAAAGCGUAUUAUUUUGUUCUUGUCAUUCCAAGGCGUUAGCAUUCCGAACAGAGAAUUUGUCUGAAAUAAAAUAAGAUCUCGCAGCUUUCCCUUUGUUAGUCUAUUGGCUUCAAACCGCACUUGAAUGUAUGUUUUAAUGCAGAGCACUUCUGCACUUCCCACAAUCCCCUCAGGCCCACCAUUGACCAGAAAGCUGAAUUAUUUAGGUGGAAAUAAUAACUUAACUGGAUUGCAUUUUUUCCAAGACAGGCUUCAUUUUUGCUCGUAUUAUCCGAGUAGAUGUACGGUAGCCUACGAUUAAAGGGAUAGUUAACCCAAAAAUGAAAAUGCUGUCAUAAAUUACUCACUCUCUAGUUGUUCCAAACCAGUAUAAAUGUCUUUGUUUGGUUGAACACAGAGAAAGAUAUUUGGAUGAAUGCUUGUAACCAAACAGUUCUUGGACCCCAUUGACACCAUAGCAGGAAAAAUGACAAUGCUAGUCAAAAGUACCCCAGAACUGUUUGCUGUCCAACAUUCUUCAAAAUAUCUUCUUUUGUGUUCAAUAGAACAAAAAAAGAUGUAAUUUUUCCUGCUAUGGUAGUCAUAAGCAUUCUUCUACAUAGGGUAUCUUUCUCUGUGUUCAUCAGAACAAAUAAUUUUAUACAGAUUUGGAACAACUCGAAGGUGAGUAAAUGAUGACCGAAUUUGUAUUUUUGGAUGAACUAUCCCUUUAAGGUUAUGAGUUAUAUAUUGUUCCGUUGUGAGCGUUCUCUAUGCUUUGGUUGAUUUUGUUUAAGCAUUGACCUUAAUACACCAAUGUAAGGCUGUUCUCUCAAGAAUAACAAUUUUUCAUCAUUUCAAAUAACAACUCUCUACAGAACCCAUUUCUGAGACAACACAGCUUAGCGCUUACAUACAUGUUUGUGUACUCGCGAGGAUCACAGUGUUUGCGUUGCGGUAGCUUCUCGCUUCACCGUUGCUUAGCAUAUUGAGUGCGGCCCCUCCCUUCACAGUUGCCUUCGUGGAUUUACAUUGCCAAGCAGUGCAUUACCAAUGUGGACCCCCAGAGAAGCCCAUUCCUCCACACCCCUCCCCCCCACGUCACUUUCUCGCACCUUCUGUCUCAAUCUCUCCGUUCCUCGCUCUGCCUCCGACCCACCUUACCCCCACCCUGUUUUCCAUUCUCAUCCUACUCUCUCGCUUUCUCUCUCCCUCUGUCCUCCCACUCAGUGCGUUUGAGUGCGUGUGUCCUUUGAGCCGGACUGGCUCUUCCCUCGGGCGCUCUGGCACACAAGGCCACAGCAGAGAGGAAUUCUCCCAGUAAGAACAGGCCUGUAGGCCUAACAAACCGUCUGCCCCUUUCAUUUAGACUCCUCUCAGAGAGAAAGCCAGAGAUAGAGAAUGGCCAGCAGUGCCUACGCUUAAGCAUCUCAUAAAAGAAACGGUGUCGACGCAUCAGCGAUCCGUGGAUGGGGAGCGUCAGAGAAAGAUGCGUCUCAUCAGUGGCCUGGACGUCUUAGAAAAGCACUUGUGUUACAAUAUCUUCUGCCUUAUACACAGCUGGGCUUUCUGCUCGGGGUGCAUUUUUCAUCAGCUUUUUAGUUCAAGCUAAAUUGUGAAAUUAAAAGCUCAGAGUCUCUUGAAGGAAUAGUUCACCUAAAAAUGAAAAUUCUGUCAUUUUUCCUUAACCUAACUUGUAUACUAUAUGCGUUUCCUUUUCUCUGCCUAACAUAAAAGUACUUUUUUUAGAUUCCCUAUGUAGCUCUUUGCUUGUAACAGCAGGGUAAGGCCACGUUUUCCUUACGUUUAUCUUUAAUGUGUCGAGAAUAACAUCAUGUAGGUUUGAGGGUAAAUAAUGACAGAAUUUGCAUUUUUGGCGAAGUAUCGAUUUAAGAUCUCAAGACUUUGGAGGUAUAUUUUCAAAAAUCUUUCACAAAUCUUUAUGACUAUUGCAGCAUUGUCCGUGUGUAUAGAAAAAGCCUCUAACCCCUGUUUCCUUUCUGU